UCCACCGAUCCAAUGGCGUCGCUCGUUUCCCCCGGUUCCGGAUUGAACCCUCCGCGAAGCAACGCCUUCGGCCCCAUCUCCGUCGACGUGUGGCAUCUCCUCGACGGCGUCCCCUUCGGUUCCUCCUCUCUCCUCCCCGUCCCCCGACCCCCGUCCGCUCUCCUGAGCGAAGCCUCGGCGCUCAUCUCCACCCUCGUCGACUGGAAGGAGACACCGGAGGCGCACGUCUUCAUAGCCGACCUCCCGGGGCUGAAGAAGGAGGAGGUGAAGGUGGACGUGGAGGGCGGCCGUAUCCUACAGAUCAGCGGUAAGAAGAGGGACGAGGAGGAGGAUAAGACCGGUACCUGGCACCGCGUGGAGCGAACCGGUGGCUGCUUCCUGCGGCGGUUCCUGCUGCCGGAGAACGCCAAGGCGGAGCAGGCGAGGGCAGCCAUGGCGGACGGCGUGCUCACCGUCACCGUGCCCAAGGAGGAUGUCAACAAGCCCCACGUCAAGUCCAUCGACAUCUCUGGUUAGAGCGUUCCUGGCAGAAUCGACGGACAGCCCCGAAGAUGGGACACUGGCAAGAUCGGUCUCAUGUCUUCCAGCUUUAAGAAAAAGAAGCAACUCACCAUCGCACACCUAAUUUUACGAAAC